ACAUUUCUUCCCUCCUAGUUCAUCGAGCACUAGCAAUAGUUCCAAACAUUACUGUGGCAAUGAAGAAAGUUGGAGAUAAAAAUAAAAUCGUUAGCAGACUUGGGACAGAUGUAGCGGACAAGAUUGCCGAGCUGAGACGGAAAGUGGAGCUAGCUCGAGAUCAAGCCAACAGGAUUAAAGUAGGUGUAAGAUUCUACGGUAACACUACUUUACAAUUGAGGAAUCCAACAGACAUGAAACGUGCUGCCACCUAUACCUAUAUGUCUUUGUAUUUCCGCACUGAGGAGAAGAAUGGACUAUUGGCAUAUGUUGGGAAUGAAAUUGGAACUAACAAGUAUCUGAAAAAUGUAAAUACGGACGAUUUUAUGGCUUUAGAGAUUGUUGAUGGCAAAGUUGUUUUGACUAUGGAGUUAGGAUCAGGAUUGGAUAGCACUUUUAGCACUACAAAUGUUAAUGAUGGACAGUGGCAUCGAGCUACAGUUGAGAGAACGGGAAAGAUAGGAACUCUGACUGUCCAAACAGAUGCAGGGGAGGAAGGUAUUAAAAAUGAUGUGUCAGAAAUACAUAUUCCAGGGACUUUCAGUGUCUUUAACUUGAAUGAGAAUGCAUCCAAGUUAUAUAUUGGAGGUAUACCAGAAGCUGCUAAGAUUCAGAAAGAUGUUCAGACCAGAACAUUUACGGGAUGUAUAGAAGAAGUAGAUUUUGGAGAAACACCAGUAGGUCUCUGGAACUUUGUAAAAGCCCAAAAUAACUUUGAAGGUUGUGUGGGGAGAGACAAGCUUGUUACGCUCGUUACCUCUAAUGGGCUGAGAUUUGAUGGUAGAGGCUAUGCUAUUAUGCCUGGUGAACGGCACAAUUUUGCCCGAGAAAUCAUAGUAAUCUUAGAGUUUAAAACCUAUGCUGAAGAAGGUUUACUGUUCCUUGUAGAAAAUGGAAACAACUUUUUUGCCUUGGAGCUGCAAGAGGGCCGUCUGUUCUCCAAACUCAUGCUGGAUGGAAAUCUUGUGGUACUUAAGUCACCAAAUGUUUACAACAAUGGAAGCUGGCAUAGAGUAGAGGCAAAGAGAGUUGGAAAGGACACAUUACUGUCUAUUAACAGUGUUGAGGUAGAUAGUGGCUUAGCUUCGGAAGUUGAACUACAAAAGACUAGGGAUAUUUAUGUUGGUGGUUACCCAGGAGGCCAUACUCACACAGAAAUCACCAAUGUGAACUUUGAAGGUUGUAUCCAGAAUCUACAAAUUGGAACAGCAAACGAAGACCUUAAUAAGAACAAGGAAGCUCUUGGAGUUGUCCCAGGAUGUCCUGCUACUAUUGCUCGAACUGUUUCUUUCUCUAACGAAAGUCCUGGUUAUGUGGCCAUGAGAAGGACAAGCAUGAAAAGUCAUCUUAAUAAAUAUGCUCAGCUAACGUUUAAAUUUAAGACUGUUGAACCUGAUGGGUUAAUAUUCUAUGCUGCAGACGAGGAACAGAGCAGCUACCUGUCUAUAGCGCUGGCUGACGGGCACUUGGUGAUGAAGAGUAAUCCAGGUGGCGAAAUAAGGACAGCAACCUCCAAGAAGUACAACGACAAAAACUGGCACUAUGUUACAGCAACAAAAACGUUACAUCAGUUGAGACUGGAUAUUGAUGACCUGUAUGAUUUUAACCAAGAAACAUCAGACAAAAAUGAAAUUUCCAUCACAACACCCCUGUACUUUGGUGGAGUCCCCCAGGACUAUGUCAUAAAGCCCCAAGCUGCAGCAUCUGUAAAAACUUUCAUUGGCUGUAUAGGAGACACGACUGUUAACAAUCAAUUCCAGAACUUUGCCGACUCCCAAGAUCGGCCGGGAUCCUCAUUAACCAGUUGCCCACUAGCCGAUCCUGAUGAAGUGACUACAGAGCCACCUGUGGUGGACUACUCCACUGUUUCACCAGACCAUACAGAAGAAGAAACUACUGAAGACCAGGAAAUCCAAAAGCCUGAUUUUGAUAUUUUUACUACUCUUCUACCCUCUACUACUUUGCCCACAACAUUAGAGCCCACUGUUCCCUACCCAACUCCUUAUGGUCUAUGUAAGCUACCUAUUUCACCACUAAGUGAUCCUGAUGUUACUGCAGAAGAUGGGAUGCGUUAUGGUAAUUCUCCAUGGGCUAGACGCGAAUUUUAUGUACGUACAAGCACACUAUUGGAUGAGAGCACUUUCUCGCUAGAAUUCAAGACUGAUCUUCCAGAUGGAGCAAUGUUUUAUGUAUCGGGUUCAGAUUACACUUACUUUGUAGCUUUCUACCUGAGAAACAGUAAGGUGUUUUUUGCCUUUGAUUGUGGUGGAGGAGCAGGAAGAGCAUCAACAAAUGAGAAUUAUAAUGAUGGCGAUUGGCACUCUGUGAAGUUCUCUCGUCGUGGACGAAAUGGACAACUUGAAGUCGAUGGUAGAGAAGUCAUAGAAGUGAAGUCACUUGGAAGCCCGAAUUCUUUAAAUGUUCGUGCUCCAGUGUACAUUGGUGGACUGUCAGAAGAUACAGCAAGAAAAGCUAAAAACAACCUUCAAGUAAAAGUUAUUUUUUACAUUCCAGACACAAUAAGACCAACACUCCAACUGUUUUAAUAUUUUAUAUACCUU